GGCGUCACCUCCCACAAUCGUCAUCUUCAAAUGUUGCCACGAACGCAAGGAGUCAAGAUGUCCAACUUUAAUUUCCUUGUCUGCUCGUUUAUUUUUCUACAAAUGUGGUCGUUUCUUCUCGUGGCGGCUGAAGACGACUCGAGCAGUGAAGUUAAGAUUGAAGUUAUGUUCAAGCCGAUGGAAUGCAGUAAGAAAAGUAAAAGGGGAGAUCUGAUGAACGUUCAUUAUGAUGGCUAUCUUGCCAAAGACGGCACCCAGUUCUACUGCAGCCGAUCAGACAAAGCUGGCCACCCCCAGUGGUUUGUGCUGGGCGUCGGGCAGGUCAUCAAAGGCCUGGAUCAAGGGAUGAAUGAUAUGUGUCCUGGAGAAAAACGCAAAAUUACCGUCCCACCGUCCCUUGGAUUUGGAAAAGAAGGCAAAGUGCUUUAGUUGCCUGACUAGGCUGCUCAGUUCGUCAUUGAAUGCAGCUGUGUGCUACUCAUCCUCCACUGGGCAUGUACCACCCGGUGGUCCCACCCAAUGCCACGCUGGUGUUUGAGGUGGAGCUGUACUCCGUCUCCAAAGGUCCACGCAACAUGGAGGCCUUCCGGGAAAUAGACCUGGACCAGGACAAAAGCCUGACCAAAGAAGAGGUGAAACGUUACUUGAAGCUGGAUUACGAGAGAAGCGGGACCCCUAAAGACGAUGCCUUCUACGAUAAAAUCAUGGAAGACAUUUUCAAGAAGAACGAUCUCGACGUUAACGGACUGAUAACGUCGAAGGAGUACAACGUCUACCAGCACGACGAGCUCUAGGGUUGAUUGUGACAGAAUUUGUAUUUGUGUUUUUUGACUUACUGUAGUUAGUUAAAAACCCAAUAGGGUAUAAAUCGUCUAAAUGGCCAUGUUGUUAUCCCUACCACAACUAACGACACAAGCAUCUAACCCACUAUCCUCCUGGCACACUCUUUCAAAACUUUAUUUAAACAGUUACACUAUGUGAGAAAUCCACACACUUCACAUGCAUUGGUUUCUUGGAAGGAAAACACCACUCAAUUAGUAAUGAAAUACGUGAUGAAAUCGCGAUUAAAUAUUAUCCAACAGCCUGUAUUCUAAAACACAUGUGUUUUAAAGAAAGAAUUACACUGCAUAACAGUGUACUUCUUUCUUUCUCUCUCUCUCUCCCUCAAGGGUUGGUAAGAAUGUGCGAACAUUAAGGUCAAACGAUUAACUUCCAGAACUCAAGGAGACGCUUGGACUAAUGAACAGAUAUUAGAUGAUAGACGUUUAGAUGACGUCAGUAGGACGCAGUAUGUCAUUCUUCUAUGUUGGUAAAAAUGCCACAAAGAACAUUUGUGUUCUGAGUCUUAAGAGAACUGAAAUGCAAAACUGAUUUCAGAAUGAUAAGAGAGAAGUUUUAAUAAACAUUUCGUAAAACUG